AUGCCCUCUGUCCAUGCAGCCUGGUGUCUGGCACAGGCGUGCCUGGCUGCUGGUGGCAUCGGGGUGAGGGACAGAAGGGACAAAUCCAGAAAGGAUUUGGUAGAAGGAGGGGAGCAGUACAUUGUCCUGAAAAGCUACAGAGCUGUGGAGGAGGAUGAGCUGAGCCUCCAGGAGGGUGAUACCAUCGAAGUCAUCCACAAGCUCCUCGAUGGCUGGUGGGUCAUCAGGAAGGAUGAGACCACGGGGUAUUACCCCUCCAUGUACCUGCAGAAAGCUGGGGAGCUGAGCACCCCCACGAAGGGGCAGCUGAGGAACCGCAGCGCUCCCCCGAGGAGGUCCACCAUCCGGAAUGCCAAGAGCAUGCACAAGCAGGGCCGGAGGCAGAUCAGCCAGGAGACCUACAGGAGGAACAGCAAGAAGUACAUCCAGAGCAGGAGGAACCUGAGGGAGAAGUUCCAGAACAAGGCUGAGGUCGUCAUUGAGAGAAAGGAGCAGGAGGAGGAGAAGCCCAGGGCUCAGCCUGCAGUUCCUCCCCGGCCCAGCAAGGACCUCAUCCUGACCCGCUGCACCGAGAGCACGCGGAGGAGGGUCCUGUGA